AUGGGCAGAUGCUCAAACGGGAAACUGAUGACUGUUGUUGAGGAUGGUGUUGGGGCCAGAGUGGCCGCAAGGACGAGAAAUAUGAGUAAUGGGGUCAAUUACCGGGAGAAGGAAGUCAAUGACCUGACUGCUGACAUUUUGGAUUCAGAUUCAGAUUCAGACGACAAUAGAAAUGGCAAAGAUAAUAGCGGCACUGCCCCCGUGUGGUUGCAAGAUGACGUGCACUCAGACGAAGAUAUUGAGCUGGACUCAGAAGAUGAUUCCGAUACAGAAGCUGUUCAAGCUCAAGUGGUGGAUAAACUGGCAAAAGACACGAAAUCAGAGGAAAAUUUCUUGGACGAUGAACUCUCUGAGAUGGAUACUAAGACGGUUUCUUUAAAAUUGAAGAAGCUAAACGAGUUCGUGAGGCAGAGUCAAGUGUAUUCUAGUAUAAUCGCAGACACUUUACUACAAAGAUCUAAUGAAGUGGCUAACUUUAAUACAAAAGAUAAUGGCGACGCUAAUGAUGAAGAACAGUCUCCCAAAAGACGUAAAACAAAAAAAAAAUCUAUAACGGAUUUCUUCAAAAAACAGAAAAAACAUGAAGAUACUAAUUCCCAAAACGGCGCGGCAGGAGAUGUAGCAAUAAAGCAACCUCACUUGUUAAAAAACUGUACUUUAAAACCAUAUCAACUAGAAGGUCUUAACUGGCUGAUUACUCUUUAUGAAAAUGGCCUCAAUGGAAUUCUUGCCGAUGAAAUGGGCCUUGGUAAAACUGUUCAAAGUAUUGCUCUUUUGGCGUUCAUAUACGAAAUGGAUACAAAGGGCCCUUUUCUUGUGACUGCACCAUUAAGCACUCUAGAUAAUUGGAUGAAUGAAUUUGCGAAAUUUGCUCCUGAUCUACCAGUUCUGAAAUAUUAUGGGGCAAAUGGCUAUAAAGAACGUUCCGCAAAGUUGAGGAAUUUUUUUAAACAACAUGGUGGCACGGGUAUCAUCAUCACAUCAUAUGAAAUUAUUCUAAGAGAUACCGAGUUGAUCAUGAGUCAAAAUUGGAAGUUUUUAAUUGUCGAUGAAGGCCAUCGUCUGAAAAACAUAAAUUGUAGAUUGAUUAAAGAAUUAAAAAAAAUCAACACCUCGAAUAGACUGCUACUAACGGGAACGCCUUUACAAAAUAAUCUAGCUGAAUUGUGGUCACUUUUGAAUUUCAUAAUGCCAGAUAUUUUUGCCGAUUUCGAGAUAUUCAAUAAAUGGUUUGAUUUCGAUAGCUUAAAUUUAGGCUCCGGUUCUAACUCUGAAGCAUUAAAUAAGCUAAUAAAUGAUGAACUACAGAAAAAUUUGAUUUCCAAUUUACACACAAUUUUAAAACCAUUCCUUUUAAGAAGGUUGAAGAAAGUUGUUUUGGCAAAUAUUCUACCGCCCAAGAGAGAAUAUAUUAUAAAUUGUCCGAUGACCUUGGCACAGAAAAAGUUCUACAAGGCUGGAUUAAAUGGAAAGUUGAAAAAAACCAUGUUCAAGGAAUUGAUAAAAGAUUUUUUCACAUUGAAUGAUGACUAUAUCGGUCACGUUUCUAAUCGGUCCAUACGAGAUUUUAUCAACUAUAAAUUAUCCAGUAAUGAAGCUUCAAAUACAGACAAUAAAAUUAAUCCAACUUUGUUGCAAAUGGACAAACUAUAUAAGGAGAAUCUGCAAGUGGAAAUUUCAAAUAAGAAAUUGCAAAACAUGAUGAUGCAAUUAAGACAGAUUAUUGAUUCAACGUUUUUGUUUUAUUUCCCAUAUUUGCAUCCAGAAGAUUUGACUUUGGAAAGCCUCUUAAAGACGUCCGGGAAAUUACAAAUCUUACAAAAAUUAAUUCCCCCAUUAAUAUCUGAAGGGCAUAAAGUGCUCAUUUAUUCGCAGUUUGUUAACAUGCUUGACUUGAUUGAAGAUUGGUGUGAUUUAAAUUCGUUCGCGACAUUCCGGAUCGAUGGCUCAGUAAAUAAUGAAACAAGAAAGGAUCAGCUAGAAAAAUUUAAUAGCCCGAAAGAUAAGCACAAUAUUUUCCUGUUGUCCACAAGGGCCGCAGGAUUGGGUAUCAACCUAGUUGGGGCAGAUACAGUUGUCCUGUUUGACAGCGAUUGGAACCCACAGGUGGAUUUACAAGCCAUGGACAGGUGUCACCGUAUUGGCCAAGAAUCACCGGUCAUAGUGUAUAGAUUAUGUUGUGAUAACACUAUAGAACAUGUUAUAUUAACCAGAGCAGCUAAUAAGCGAAAUUUGGAAAGAAUGGUUAUCCAAAUGGGAAAGUUCAAUAACCUGAAAAAAUUGGCGUUAAAUGAAGGUUCAUUUUUAAAGUCAAACAAAAUGAGUGUCAACGUUACUAAUAAGGACUUAGUUCAAGAGUUAUCUAUGCUUUUAAUGAGUGAUGAAUCCAGUAUUGGUUUUGAAAAUAGGGGACAAGAGGAAAAUAAGGCCACUGAGGGCCAACUGACCGAUAAAGAAGUUGAAGAAUUGACUGAUAGAUCGCUUGAAGCAUACAAGGCCAACAGGGUGGUAAAUCUACCGCACAUAAGGCUAUUUGAAACCACCUCCGGUCUUUAG